GACGACUUGGAAGGGCCCCUGGUCUGCUGGGUGGACAGCAUCGUGAGCUGUGGGGAGGGCCGCGGCUGCCCUUGCCAGCUGGGGGUCUACACGGCAUCCCCGACUACAUGAACUGGAUCCGAGAGCACAUCCCGGCAUCAGGGACUCGGAGUCUGGCGGGACGCCGCCUCAUGGCUGACUCCUCCUCUCAGGCCUCCUCCCUCUGCAGGUGUGUCCUGGCAAGCCCCAUCUGCGCUGCCCCCGCCCCAGGCCAGGCCCUGGAGCGAGCGGGCAUCGUUGGGGGAGAGGAUGCACCCGAGAGCAGGUGGCCCUGGCAGGUGAGCCUGAGAGCCCGUGGCCAGUUCUGGCAGCACUUCUGCGGGGGAUCGCUCAUCCACCCCCAGUGGGUGCUGACGGCAGCUCACUGCGUGGGACCGGACGUCAAGGAACUGGCCGACAUCCGAGUGCAGCUGCGGGAGCAGUACCUCUACUACCGCGACCAGCUGCUGAGGCUCAGCAGGAUCCUCCCGCACCCUGACUACUACACGGCCCAGGGCGGGGCGGACAUUGCCUUGCUGGAGCUGCAGGAGCCUGUGAACACCUCCGGCCCCGUCCACACGGUCACCCUGCCCCCUGCCUCGGAGACUUUCCCUCCGGGGACGCAGUGCUGGGUGACAGGCUGGGGGGAUGUGGACAACGAUGAAAGCCUGCCGCCGCCAUUCCCCCUGAAGGAGGUCGAAGUCCCCAUCGUGGAAAACCACCUCUGUGAUGCCAAGUACCACACUGGGCUCUACACGGGGGACAACGUCCGCAUCGUCCAGGAUGACAUGCUGUGUGCUGGGAAUGAAGGGCACGACUCUUGCCAGGGCGACUCCGGAGGGCCCCUGUCCUGCAAGAUGAAUGGCGCCUGGCUGCAGGCGGGCGUGGUGAGCUGGGGGGAAGGCUGCGCUCUGCCCAACCGGCCUGGCAUCUACACCCGCGUCACACACUACUUGGACUGGAUCUACCGCUAUGUCCCCAAGGAGCCCUGA